AUGGGUGGGAAGAUGAGCAACUGGAGAAAGGAUGAUGGUGGAAAACAGAGGAAAUCCAUGAUGGCAAGACCACAGGAGCAGAGACGGCUAUGGACCUCAGAAGAAGACAAUAAGCUCACAGAAUUUAAGCUCAAAUACCCCGAUCGAUCUUGGCCAUAUACUGCACAGCUGGCAGGGCUGGACAGGACUGAUAAGAGUUGUUGGGAGAGGUGGAAUAACCAUCUGAAGUCUGGUGUCAACAAAGAGAACUUCUCCAAAGAGGAAGAUGACAUCAUCAUCUGCAUUCAGCGAAUGCCGGAGCAUAGGAAUAAGUGGGCAUUUAUGGCAAAAAAUUAUCUUCAAGGGCGAACCACUAAUGCUAUCAAGAACCGUUGGAACAACCAUUUGAAGAAGAUGCUUAUAGGUGACCUUGAGCGAUACCUUCUCACGGAUGAUGAGACUAGUGAUCAGUCUGCCCGGGAAGAUGACGUUACGCCUGUGAUCGCCAUGUUUGCUUCUUUGAUUUAG